AUGGCGCAGGACAACACCAUCCAAAGCUCAGAGCAACCUCCUGCGCAGCCAUCAUAUGUACUCCGAGGACAUUCUGCUCAGAUACAUGCUGUGCACUUCUUCCGCGACAAUACUCGUCUGGUCACUGGAGAUGCCGACGGCUUCGUGGUCAUAUGGAGCACAGCCAGCAAACGCGCCGUGGCAGUGUGGAAACCUCACUCAACCACGAUCGUGGGACUGGCAAGCUGGAAUGAUGACAAGAUAAUAUCGCAUGGACGAGACAACAAGCUACUGGUGUGGCAACUGCCGGGAAAUGCCGAGUCUGACUGCUCAACGAUACUUCCCAUCGACGAUGCCGAGAUCGAGAGGAAACAGCCGUGGUUACUGCACAGUCUUCGAGUCAAUGCCUGGAACUUCUGCUCGUUCACAUCAAUUGUGCUCAAGCCAGAUGGACACAAUGAUCUGCCAGCGGAGGGGAUCCUGGUGGCGACUCCGGGCGUGCAAGAUGGGCAUGUUAAUGUUACUUGUCUCCCAGACGAACAGAGAAUAGCGACAAUUCCCGCUCCGCAGGAUGUCAAAACUGGUAUGGUCAUGGCAAUUGGCCUGCAGUUCCAGCCAAACGGAAGGAGCAUGCCAAUCAACGAACUCCUCGUUAUUGCCGGUUACGAAUCGGGCCUUGCAUGCAUAUGGCAGCAGGAAGGGGCGACAAGGAAGUGGAAUCUCGUAUAUACGCAGAAGCAUCAUUCGCAGCCCAUCCUAUCACUGAACAUAUCGCCCUCACAGUCAUGCUUUUUCACUUCCUCUGCAGAUGCUGUGGUCGCCAGGCAUACUUUUGGGAACUCACCAACACCGGCGAAGAUUGUGCAGACGAAGCAUGCGGGGCAGCAGGGAUUGGUGGUGAGGAAUGACGAGAAGAUUCUUGCGACUGCUGGAUGGGAUGCGAGGGUGCGGGUGUAUAGCGUGAAGACAAUGAAGGAGCUGGCGGUGCUGAAGUGGCAUAAGGAGGGAUGUUAUGCAUUGGCAUUUGCAAAAGUCGGAACGGGGGUUGAAAGCAGUAGGGGCGAAGAUGGUAAAGGCAAGAGCAGCGAAGUGGAGGAAGGUGAACGCACGGUUUCUGAACGAAGAGCUUUGGCCGCGCGGACCACGCAUUGGCUGGCGGUAGGGAGCAAGGAUGGCAAGGUAUCUCUGUGGGAGAUAUACUGA